AUGGCUAAGAUCUAUAAACGUGUAAGCAUCGUGGUGUCCUGUGUUGCUAUGGUGAUGUCAUUCAGAACGGCUCUUCCUCUUCCUCUGAUCUUUCUGCUUGUGAUUCACAAUGCUUUCAGUAAAAAUGGUUUGGGAGUGAAUUACAGAGAUUCACACAUCUGUGCACUAAAGCACUCAUCAGUGAUAAUGAGCUGCAAUUAUAUAUACCCUACUGGAUAUAAGAUCAAGAAAGUGUUCUGGACCAAAAACCCUGUGAAGGGUGAAGAGCCUCCAGAUCUGUCUGAGGACCCUGAAUACAGUCGGAGGCUUCAGUAUCUGGGAGAUGAACAGCAGAACUGCACCAUCAGAUUGAGUCAUGUGACACAGAAGGAUUCAAACAUGUACUAUUUCAGAUUCAUCACUAAUAAACCUGGUGAGAAAUGGCUUGGUGUUCCAGGAGUGUCUCUUACUGUCACAGAUCUUCAGGUGGAGUCUCCUGAGACAGUGACAGAGGGAGAUUCAGUCCGUCUGACAUGUAAAAGCAGCUGCGCUCUGACUGACAGAGCAACAUUCAUCUGGUACAGAAACUCACAGCCAUUAACUGAGAGAAGAGACAGAAACAAUCAACUCCUGCUGCAGUCAGUCAGAAGAGAGGAUGCAGGCAGAUACAGCUGUGGUGUACAGGGACACAAUCACUAUCUCAAAUCAACUGAUGUGCAGCUCAAUGUCACAUACCCACCCAGGAAUGUUUCAGUGUUCAUAAAUGGAUCUAGUGAAAUAGUGGAGGGAGAUUCGGUGACUCUGAUCUGCAGCAGUGAUUCAAACCCUCCUGCUCUGAACUUCACCUGGUUUCAGGAGAAUCAAAGCUCCUCUGUUGGAUCUGGACAGAGUUUCAGUGCACUACAGAGUGGACGCUUCUACUGUGAAGCUCACAAUCAACACGGGUCUCAGAGAUCAGAUGCUGUUACUGUCACUGUACAUGGUGUGUAUCACUGA